GCUCAUCGCAAGCCUAAUGCAACUUUAAGAGGGAUCAGGGUGGUAUGUGCCUGUGUGAAUAACUUCAAAGUAACGUAGUCAGUGAUCGUUGAGUCGGCGGCUAAUUUCGCCUGCCCUCAGGUGCGGAGGUACAAUCAUGGCAUUUGUAUAUAUAUACCGCUAUCCAAUGUCCACUUGUGAAGUCCUCACAAUGAAGUAGUAGCAGUUUUUGACGCUUGGGCAAGAUGCACUUCCUCAGCUCUACCCUCUUUCUGCUGGCGACCAGCGCCAAUCUGCUGGGCAAAGCAGUGGAAGCAAAAUUAGUGUUUGCGCAUUACUUGGUAUACUGCAUCGAUUUCAACUAUUCCCACGAAUUUUCGCUAAUUCACUUCUAGGUUGGAGGAAUUGACCCCAACACCGAUCAGUCAGUUUCUCAAAGUCACCCGUUUCCCCUUUUGCCAAGUUUCAGGACUCAUUGGCCACACAUACUCCCGAAACUUGAGCUAAACCUUUACUAUCUUCAGUAAUCACUAACUCCAGUGUAUAAACAGUGGUCAGCAGGAUAUCGAGCAAGCGGCGGCGGCAGGCUUCGACGCCUUCGCGCUGAACAUCGGCAUGCCCAACGCAGACUGGCUGGUUAGCGCGGUGAACCAGCUCUUCGACUAUGCCGACACGAGGGACGACUUCAAGCUUUUCUUCAGCUUCGACUUCUAUCAGACAGGUGACAUCAACACACACGCCGCGCUAUACACGCAAUUUGCGGACCGCCCCUCGUACUUACGCUACGGCGAUGCCAACCUCCCUGUCGUGUCAUCGUACAGUGGUGGAAAUAUUGGCGUCGACGCUUGGAGAAAAUUCAAAACGGCGAAUAAUGUCUACCUUAUUCCAAAUCCCGAAGCCGAUGGCAGUUACUACAGUCAACCUGCCACAUUCUUCCAGAACUGGGGUGAUGUCGUCGAUGGCGUGUUUAGCUGGGAGACGAACUGGCCCGAUGUAGCGGACACUCCCGGUGCCAACGUAUCCUCAACCCGUGACGAGGCAGUCAAGAACGCGGCAGAUGCAGCAGGGAAGACGUAUAUCAUGGGCUUAUCGCCGCUCCAGUACAAACACUGCUGUGGAGAUUCAUGGUACCGCAAUGGAGAGACAACUCUACUUGAGCGCAUGGACCAGAUUUUACAACUGUCGCCAGAAUUCACCGAGGUCAUCACAUGGAACGAUGCGGGUGAAAGCCAUUACAUUGGUCCAUGUUGGGCCGAAACUCUGAACGAGGAGAUUCUUCAGUACGGAGAUUCAGACGCGAACCCUCACACGGGGUGGCAGCCUUUGAUUUCGUCUUUCAUCGACGCCUUUAAGAGCGGCGCGUCGGACACAGGCUCAAUGGUUCCCUCGAAUGGAGCAUCUUUCGCUGGCGCCAUGUGGUAUCGCGGCGUGCUGAAGUCAUGCGUCAACAACGGCGGCGACGGAACCCCUCGCGGCAAUGGUGCGGCUCGCGAUACCCUGGUCUAUGCUGUCAUUCUCCCAGCUGGCAGUGAAGGCUUCCAGGUCCGCGUGUCCAGUGCAGGCCAAGUCCUUGCGACUCAGUCCGUAACGAGUGGGCUGAAUUACAACUCAAUUGAAGGUCUGAAGACUGGAGCGCAGCUCCUUGAAUUGCUCGACGGAAGCGGGAAUGUCGUUGCAAAGGCCAGCAGUAAGGUUGACGUUUUGGAUCAACCAACGAAUGGAUUCUGUAACUUCAAUUACUAUGUUGCGGGCUUGGAGUAAGAUCUAUUGCAUAAAGCAUUGAUAUAACGAUCGCGUAAAGGCCUCAUGCUUCCCCUAUUGCACAAGAAGUGCAUGUACAAGGCUUGAAAUUCAAAGCUAUUCGCAAGCAGGGUGGCUGACUCUGACUAAGUCGGGGUACAAGCUGCCAUCUGAGGCUUUACUUGGUAGGUGCCAUGACGCUAGCCCUAAAUAAUAAGUGAAUCUUAAGCCGCCUAUGUUCCUCUCAUUCUUAAUAAUCUUUGCUAUUUUAUGAUUCUUCGCUAUGUAGGUGUAUAGAAU